AAUUUAUUUAUAAUAUAGUACAUAACAUUAAGAACAUAUACAUAUUACAAACUUGGUCUUAAAAUAUGGAGUAGUAGUAGUUGCUAAUUCCCUAUAGCUAGAGCUGCCAUACAUAUAGGCAAAAUCUAGCCAAACAUAUACACACAAUAUUAAUUGCUAUUUUAGUUAUUCAUAAGGUGGUAGUUUAUUUAGGUAAUGAUGGAAGUAUAACAAAGGAGUGAGGGAUGUAAGUAUAAGCGAAUAUUUAUUGGUGGUGACACUUUUUUUGUAAUUUAUUUGGAACGUGGUGGUGAACAUAAUUUUGGAUAUUUUAGGCAAAUAUAUGGUGGUGGAGGGGGUGAUGGUGGUGGUGGAGGAGGGGGUGAUGGUGGUGGUGGAGGAGGUGAUGGUGGUGAACAUAAUUUUAAUUUUGGAUAUUUUUGGCAAAUAUAUGGUGGUGGAGGGGGUGAUGGUGGUGGUGGAGGGGGUGAUGGUGGUGAACAUAAUUUUAAUUUUGGAUAUUUUUGGCAAAUAUAUGGUGGUGGAGGGGGUGAUGGUGGUGGUGGAGGAGGUGGUGGUGAUGGUGGAGGGGGUGAUGGUGGUGAACAUAAUUUUAAUUUUGGAUAUUUUUGGCAAAUAUAUGGUGGUGGAGGGGGUGAUGGUGGUGGUGGAGGGGGUGAUGGUGGUGAACAUAAUUUUAAUUUUGGAUAUCUUUGGCAAAUAUAUGGUGGUGGAGGGGGUGAUGGUGGUGGUGGUGGUGGAGGCGAGGGAGGUGGUGGUGGGCGACAUAGUCUUGGAUUUAAUUUGCAAAAACGAGAUAUGGGUGGAGGCGGAGACGGAGGUGGAGGUGGAGGGGGUGAUGGGGGUGGUGGAGGAGAUUGACAAAUUUUUGGUGAAAGAGGUCUAGGCAAAGGAGGUAGAUUUGUUGGAUAUAAAUAACAAAAACGUGGAGAGGGCGGAGGAGGAGAUGGAGGUGGAGGCGGGGACGGAGGUGGUGGAGAGGGUCGAGGUGGUGGUGGAGUAAAGCAAAAGAUGGUGGGAAAGGAAAUGAAUAUGGAAGUGAGAGCUACCACAAUUAACAACUUGAGCCCCAUAUUGAACGCUAUGCUUCUAAUAUUUUGAGAUGUGAUCAAUAUUUAUAGGCACAUAGUGUUUUCGGUUUCGGUUGUGAACUAUCUUAAAAU